UUCCAAUUACGGCCAGUACUAUAUAAGUACGUUCAAGUGUCGGGAAUUCAAAUUACCGCUACCAUGAUCCGAGUGUACAUCUUCUUGGCGCUUGCGGCGGUGGGCAAGGCCCAGAUCCCCAGUUUGGGCUUCUGUCCGGAGUAUCUUCCCAUGGCCGACUUUGACAUGGAACAAUUUUUGGGAAAGUGGUACGAGGCCGAGCGGUACUUCCAAUUUUCUGAAGUUGCGGCUCGCUGUGUCGUCACGGACUACGCCAGAGCUGUCAGUGGAAAGAUUUACGUCUCCAACGAAGUUACCAACAGACUAACAGGUGUAAAGCGCAUAAUAGGCGGCCAUAUUGACUUAGCGGGCAAAGAUGGCGAGGGCAAACUAAAUGUGAAAUACACCACGACCCCCAUCUCCACAGAAACAACCCUCACGGUUCUAGACACCGAUUACGAUUCCUACGCGGUCAUAUGGAGUUGCAGCGGUUUUGGACCGAUCCACGCACAAAGCGUCUGGGUGAUGACAAGAGACCGCAUACCCCCCGGACCGGUUCUGCAAACGGCAUACGGGGUACUGGACAAGUUCAAAAUCAGCCGCACCUUCUUCGUCAAAACAGACCAAGAGGGUUGCGCCUUGGCCGCUUCCGACAUCAACGCAGCUAAUGGAAUCACCUCCAUAUCGACCGUGGCUGAAGCCACUGGAUAUGAACAAAAGAGCGCGGAAGAUGCGGACCCCCAACAGGUCGCUGAGGUGAUUUUAAGCAAUGCUGAAGGCCAAGAUGCAACCGGUACUACCCCUGAGGGAGGUACAGUACCUGAUGAGGACUUAGAAAAAGAAAAUUCUGAUCAGUAACAUGUAACAUGUAAAAAUGCGUAUUCUCAUGUAUGUAAGACGCCCUGUGUAUUUAAUUAUUUCUGUACUUACUAAUUAACCGUUGUACAAAUAGUGUAAAUGUUUCCACUAAGUGCUAUUUAUUUAUUUAAUGUUACAAAUAAAAUGCUAGUGA